CUCCUUUCCCAGGACUCCACGCCUGAAUCCGGCUCGAGACAGAAAAAAGAGAUCGCUGACUGGGAUCAGAAGCAUCAGAUCACUAUCAGAGAGUCAGGGGGGAGAAGGAUGGCGAUGGCCAGCAGCGCUCCAGCUUGCGCGGCGUCGGAGCUUGUCGCCAAGGGCAGGGAAUCGGCUGCUGUUCUGCAGGCCCUGCUCGUCGGCCAGCACCCGGCGGCUGGCGCAGUCGCAACACCCCGCGGCCUCCGGGAACUCACCGAACAGAUCCUCCGCUGCUGCGACCGCGCGCUCGCCGCGCUGCGCUGUGGCACGGAGGAGGACGCCGCUGCCGCCGCCGGCGGUACCAGGAAGCGCAAGCCGGAGCGCAGUUACAGCCCGGCUGCUGCUCCUGCGACGAGCUCCAAAAGGAUGAGGGGAGAGAGGGGAACAAGGGUUGAGAAGGGACGGACAAUGGAGGACGGCUUCAUCUGGAGGAAGUACGGCCAGAAGGAAAUCAACGGCAGCAAGUACCCGAGGCUCUACUUCCGCUGCACCUAUAAGGACGACCACGGCUGCAUGGCCAGGCGGCAGGUGCAGAGGGCGGAGGCCGACCCCUCCGUCUUCCUCAUCACCUACUUCGGUGACCACACCUGCUGCCGUGGCGACGACGAGCCGCUGGCGCCGUUCGUCAUCAACUUCGGUUCCAGCAGUAGCGACGGGCAGCCUAGCCGCAGUUCGCCGUGGCCUUCCUGUGAUGACGACGACCCGGUGAUCUGUAAGUCAACGGAUUUGUGCAAUUCGCCGGAGGAGGAGCUGCGAUCAAGCAUGGACAACGAGUGUGAGUUCAUCGACCAGUCAACAUCGGUGCCGGAGCUGACGAGUAUGAGCUCCAUGGAUGGGUGCUUGGAUUGGACGCUUUGCGAUGGCGAGAGCCCGUUUGACAUUGGCGAAUUCAUCGUACAGGACUUCGAUUACUUUGGUCUGCUUUAACAGAAAUACUGUAUCUGUAUGCAUGAUCAGUGUACAGACAGGUCGGUAUUGGCCAGGCCAAACGGAUCGUAGCUUAAUUUUGAGUGGGAAAUGUGUUAGUAUGUAGUAACUUUUGUUGUUUUGUCAGCCGUCAUGCUUCUUAAAUUUAAGAGGCAAAUUAUUAUGACGUGAGGUAUAGUAAAA